CAAUAACCACAAACAUUAAUUUUUACCAUUGAGCGCAAAUUUGCAACCUCGUCUUUCUCUACUAACAACCACUAACUUAGUAGUUUGGCACCAGUGGAGCGGCGUUGGCCUGUGACGUCGUCACGCUAACAGUUGCGACUUGGCUCGCUGCUUCUGCAACCUCCUUGCUUGUUUCAGCUUCUUCCUGUUUGGCAGCUUCCGAAUUAUUUGGCGAAUUGUUCCAGAUUUGGGUUAAAGUCGCUCUUUUUAUUCGUUCUUUGUCCAACUACUCUUCAAUAUGGCUUCGUGGUUUACUUCCAUUACGAAGCUUCAGCACAUUACCGUGGUUCCUGAAGGAAUUGCCGAGGACAAAGUUGUUGACCUGUUGCACCGUCAUGAAUUCUACCUCCAGUGUAACCCUCACAUGACCAAUUUUGAAAAGACAGAGACUCCUGCGGAGAAGCCUACGAUUCCGGAUGACCGCGACGCGACAGCUAUUGCCGAGGCCCAGUGCUACAAAGUUACGGACAAGGUGCACACGAUACCCGGCGGUCUAUGGGACUCCAAUGUUGUCAGUAACUACGAGUUCCUUGACGUCAAAGACGGCGUGUUUGUCAGAAUCCACAGUCCUCUGAAUACUACCAUGGAGACACUCUGGCAGGUCAGAACUACUGAGGACGGCAAGAUCGAGCUUGUGGAAAAUGUUGUUAUCAAAUGUUCCAAGCUCUUGGUUGGAACCAUCAAAGAUAUGUGUGAAUCUGGCUGGAAGGGCAUUCAUGAAAUGAUGAUGAAGAAGCUCCAGAGCGAGGCAUAGACUACUAGACUUUUUAUAGAUUUCUACCCUUUCAUCUUUCUUUUCUUGAUUUUCUUGACAAAUGCACAUUGCAAGAGACUCUUAUAUACAUUCUUGAUUCUGCCACAUUAAUUAAUCUGAUCCGG